GGAUCGAAACUUUUGUUUCAAAAUAAAAUUAGAACUUUUGUCGGGAGAAGUCAAGAGGAGAAUUAGAAUUCACCCAGCAAGAUGGUACGUUAGGGCACGAAUCUUUGUUCUUCCGAAACAACUGUAAAGAUUCACGCUUGGGCACCCUUUCCAAUCCGAGGAGCUCUCAAAAGAUCUGAAAUUAGUUUGUGGCUUCGUCUUCCGGUUUUUCCCCGUCCCCAUUGCGGAUGUCUUGAUCCCGAUCACGAUUCGUUUCGCCUUCAAUCGCUUCUUCCGCGUACAGCUUUACGUGAAAUGCACCGAGUGCAUGGAAGAGAUUCUGGCACUUGAUAGGAUGUAGUUCGCUGCUACUGAGGUUUGCUCAGAGAAAGUUUUGAAUUUGGUGAAGAAGAAGAUUAAUGUACCGACACAUUUGUCUAGGCAGAUACCCGGGUAAGUGCCUACACAGGUUGGGCAGCAGGUGUUUGGUUUAUCUCAAUUGGCUGUCAAUUCAUUGUCUUCCCAAAUGCAAAGUAUAGGCAAUCAUGCGCAUAAAACGGACCCUGAGCUGUUGAUCAAGCGCAAGAGGAUACAGGAUUAUAUCAUUCAGCUUCUUCAGCGCAAGAGUUAUAAUCCGAAUUCAGAGGUUAUGCAAAGAUUACCUGACAUUGCUAAGCACUUAGAAGAGCGCAUAUUUAAUGAUGCAAUUUUACAGGGAGAGGAUUAUGGCAACAUGUCAUCAACAGCUAUUGAUCAGCGCUUGCAGAGAAUAACAAGGUUCUCAAAUAAUAGUCAACAAGCUCAUUAUGUGCCAUCAUCAUCUGUCAGUACAAUGAUACCGACGCCUGGCAUGACCAGUUAUGGAAACAAAGGCCUUACAGUAUCUCAAGAUAACACCAUGAUAACCGCCAGUGGUGCUGGUAUGAUGGGGCAAACUGCAGUGAAUGUGGGAAAUAUUUUACCUAAUAAUAAUGGACCAAUUGGCAUGGGACAAAUUGCCUCUUUCAAUGCAUCCACUGGGACGAUUCCAAAUGGAUAUCCGCCACAAACUGUAAAUGUUAUCCACAAUUCUGGUGGAAAUGGUAUAGUAUCAUCUGUGGGCAUAAUGCGACAAUCAAGUAUGAUGAUCCCAACCCCUGGAUUAAAUAAUCAGCAAUCCAUAUCGAUAAACUCAGAAUCUUCCAAUGGUGGUGGAUUUUCGAAUAUGGAUUCUCCCAUGGUCUUGCAGCAACAACAAAAGCAUUAUGAUGGAAGUCAGAACAACCGUUUACUGCAUGGUGUUGGAAUGGGAGUUGGUAUAAGGUCCAACAUACAGCAAAAAUCUCCAUAUACUUUAUCCAAUGCUGUUAUGAAUGGAGGUAUAAGUUGUUUAGUUCGGAGCAACAUGCACCACAUGAAUGGUCCUACAGCCCCAGAAGGGUAUCUUGGUCCAGUUUCUUAUGGGGGUUCUCCAAAACCUUUGCAGCAACAUAUAGGUAUGCAACAACAUCAGUCUUUAAUUACAGCAUCUAUGUCGCAGCAAAUGUUACCUUUAGCUGGUGAUGGUUAUCCUAUGAACACUGCUGAUCUCUCUGGGUCUGGAAACAUAAAUGGUUGUGGUUCAACUGCUGUAUCAACAGUGAAUUGUCAAAAUUCAAACCCGAGCAUAAAUUCUAAGUCAAAAACUAAUCAUGGAAUGCUUAGUCAAACGAGUUUGCCAUCAAUGCAACUGAAGCCUCAAAUGCUUGACAGUUCGCGAAGUGUGAAUUUCCAAUCAACACACUCGACACUACAAUCACUUCAGAUGCAAAAUUUUCAUCAUCAACAGUUUCAGCAGUCUAACCAGCCAAGUGUACUAGCUGUUCAGAACCAAAGAUAUCAGCAUAAUCAGAUGCAUCAACAACAAAUUAUAUCAAAUACGGAUAACGUAAGGCAUUUUUCCUUGCCUUCCAAUUUUUCAGGACAGCUAAUGUCUGCAGAUGGUUUUGAAUCCACUAAUGAAUCUUUGCUUCCACGUGUCAAUGAACAAUUUCAUGUUUCCGAAUUGCAAAAUCAGUAUCAGAAGAAUACAUCCUCUGGAAACCUAUCCAAAGGUGCUCAACUGCUUGGUCAGAUACAGGGCCCUCAGGAUGUUCAGACCUUGUCUUCGCAGGUUUCACAAAAGCUUUGGGAAAUAGAGCAACGGAAUGCAGAAUCACAAAACGAGCUUAGUUGUCUCUUUGUGAAAUCACAAGUUGACGCACUUUCCAAGGAACAUUGGUAUUCUCAGCCUCCACAAAAAUCACAUGACAGAGAAAAAAUUUCUUUUGAGCAGCAUAUGCAGAAGGAAUUUCACCAAAGAAUGGCAGGGAAGGAUGAAGCACAAACACGUGAAACCUCUCCUGAUGCUCAUGCUUUUGUUGGACAUGCUGCUGUGCCAGAAUCCUCAAAUAAAAUGUUUCAUGUCUCUGAUAGGGAACAAGACUAUUUUAAGCAGAAGAGGUGGCUUUUACUCCUCCUCCAUUCUCGUAAGUGCACAUCUCCUAAAGGACAAUGUGAAGAAGUCAACUGCAUUAAGGUUCAGCAGUUAUGGAUGCAUAUUGAUACAUGUAAUUCAAAAAACUGCAUGUUUCCACGAUGUGCUCUAUCAAGAAAACUGUUUAAUCAUUAUAUGAAUUGUAACAUAGCAGAUUGUCCUGUAUGCGUUCCUGUGCAGAAGUUUGUAGCAUCCGUCAAAAUGCGCAAUCGAAAAUGUUCUGAUACUGGUGUCACAAACAAGAUGAAUGGUUCCUGGAAGAAUAUCAUGUCCCCAAGCAUGGAUAAGGUGAUGAGUAAAGAAGGUUUAUCUCCUUGCGAAACAACUGAUUGUCAACAACCUUCAUCUAAGCGCAUGAAAAUUCAGAGUGCCCCUUCUUUUGUACCCAAGAUUGAAGAAUCAUCUCUGAUUUCUGCUCCUACAAAUCAAAUCAAUGUUCCCAAGGAGAGGCAAUCCAAUAUGUAUCAACAAGUUGAUGCAGCUUUGCCUUGUAAAAGUGAGGCAUUUGAAGUGAAGAUGGAUACAUCAUUAGUAGACGGGUGUUGUCCUUUACCAGAUACCAAACUUGAUGUUAUGUCAAACAGCGCACUUCCUGCAAAAAGUGCUGCUGAACAUUGCCCUUCUGUUGAAGUUGAUGCUUUUAACAAGAAGGAAAUGCAGCCAGUAGGUAAAGAGCCUUCUCAAGCUAAGAUGGAGAUGAAUCAGGAAGCCAACAUGCCAUCAACUGAUCCUGCUACGGCAAGCAAGUCUGGCAAACCAAAGAUAAAAGGAGUAUCAAUGACUGAACUAUUCAGUAUAGAGCAAGUCAGAGAUCACAUUAUCAGUUUGAGGCAAUGGAUUGGGCAGAGCAAAGCCAAAGCAGAAAAGAAUCAAGCCAUGGAACGCUCAAUGAGUGAAAACUCAUGUCAGUUGUGUGCGGUGGAGAAACUUACCUUUGAACCUCCUCCUAUAUACUGUACACUAUGUGGAGCUCGCAUAAAGCGAAAUGCAAUGUAUUAUACUGUGGGGACUGGUGACACACGCCACUACUUUUGUAUUCCAUGCUACAAUGAGGCUAGAUGUGACACUAUUGAAGCCGAGGGUUCGACCUUUCCGAAGUCGAGGCUUGAGAAAAAGAAAAAUGAUGAAGAAACUGAAGAAUGGUGGGUUCAAUGUGACAAGUGUGAAGCAUGGCAACAUCAAAUUUGUGCUCUUUUUAAUGGUAGAAGGAAUGAUGGUGGACAAGCAGAGUACACAUGUCCUAAUUGCUACAUAGAGGAGAUAGAAAAAGGAGAACGCAAGCCUUUGCCUCAGAAUACUGUACUUGGUGCUAAAGAUUUACCAAAAACUAUUCUUAGUGAUCACAUUGAACAACGUCUCUUUAGAAGGCUGAAGCAUGAGAGACAAGAGAGAGCAAGGCAUCUAGGAAAAAGCUUUGAUGAGGUACCAGGAGCAGAAGCGCUAGUUGUGAGGGUUGUAUCAUCAGUUGACAAAAAGUUGGAAGUCAAGCAACGUUUUUUGGAGAUUUUUCAGGAGGAAAAUUACCCAACAGAGUUUCCAUAUAAGUCGAAGGUUAUAUUACUGUUUCAGAAGAUAGAGGGCGUAGAAGUGUGCCUUUUUGGCAUGUAUGUCCAGGAAUUUGGUUCAGAAUGUCAAUUCCCCAACCAGAGGCGUGUAUAUCUUUCUUAUUUGGAUUCAGUGAAAUACUUCAGACCUGAAAUUAAAACCGUAACUGGUGAAGCUUUGAGGACUUUUGUUUAUCAUGAAAUUCUGAUUGGAUAUCUUGAUUACUGUAAAAAGCGUGGGUUCACUAGUUGCUACAUAUGGGCUUGUCCUCCCUUAAAAGGUGAAGAUUAUAUCCUAUAUUGCCACCCUGAGAUUCAGAAGACACCAAAAUCUGACAAGCUAAGGGAAUGGUAUUUGUCAAUGCUUCGUAAAGCUUCCAAGGAAAAUGUUGUUGUUGGUCUCACUAAUUUAUAUGACCAUUUCUUUGUAUCUACUGGAGAAAGCAAGGCCAAGGUCACUGCAGCGCGGUUGCCUUAUUUUGAUGGUGAUUAUUGGCCAGGUGCUGCAGAGGACAUGAUCAAUCAGCUUCGUCAAGAGGAAGAUGGUAGAAAGCAACAGAAGAAAGGAAAAACGAAAAUGACCUUGACAAAAAGGGCCUUAAAAGCUGCUGGUCAUACUGAUCUUGGUUGUAAUGCAUCUAAAGAUGCUUUGCUAAUGCAAAAGCUUGGGGAAACAAUCUCUCCCAUGAAAGAAGAUUUUAUUAUGGUUCAUCUUCAACAUGCAUGCACACACUGCUGUAUUUUGAUGGUUUCGGGAAAUCGUUGGGUUUGCAAUCUAUGCAAACAUUUCCAGAUUUGUGAUAAGUGUUAUGAGGCAGAACAAAAACUUGAAGAGAGGGAUAAGCAUCCUGUCAAUAGUAGGGAGAGGCAUGAACUAUUCGCAAUUGACAUCACUGAUGUGCUUGCUGAUACGAAAGACAAGGAUGAGAUGGUUGAAAGUGAAUUUUUCGACACUAGACAGGCAUUCUUGAGUCUUUGUCAAGGGAACCAUUACCAGUAUGACACAUUACGUAGGGCUAAGCAUUCUUCUAUGAUGGUCUUGUAUCACCUUCAUAAUCCGACUGCCCCUGCAUUUGUCACCUCUUGCAAUGUGUGCCACCAUGAUAUUGAAACUGGUCAUGGUUGGCGUUGUGAGGUUUGCCCUGAUUUUGAUGUAUGCAAUGCUUGUUACCAGAGAGAUGGUGGUAUUGACCAUCCUCAUAAGUUGACUAAUCAUCCUUCUAAUGCUGAUCGUGAUGCCCAAAGUCAAGAAGCACGACAAAAACGUGUACUGCAGCUCCGGAAAAUGCUUGAUCUUCUGGUUCAUGCUUCUCAGUGUCGUUUUCCGCAUUGCCAGUACCCCAACUGUCGUAGAGUUAAAGGGCUUUUUCGUCACGGCAUUCAAUGCAAAACUCGAGCUUCUGGAGGUUGCCUUCUCUGCAAAAGGAUGUGGUAUUUGUUGCAACUCCAUGCUCGAGCCUGCAAGGAAUCGGAAUGCAAUGUGCCGCGUUGCAAGGAUUUGAAGGAACAUCUUAAGAGAUUGCAGCAGCAGUCUGAAUCCAGACGCAGAGCUGCUGUGAUGGAGAUGAUGAGACAGAGAGCUGCAGAGCUACAAGGAGCAGACAACUAAUUGUAGUAUAAGAAUACACACAAGGAUCUGCUGUAAACUCUGUUGUAUGAGCUGGAGUAAUGGCUGGGCUGUUUUCUCAUCAAAAAGCUUGCUUCUAUACCAGUUUCUGGUGAUUGCAGAGGAAGGCAUCAACUUCACUUGAGGUAAUUUUUGUUGAUCCAACCAUUUACUGCCAAUCUUUGCUACGCAAAAUGAUCUGAAGGAAGCAAAAUCUCUUAGACCAUUAAACUCAGCUCGAGAUCCGGUAACCAAGCUCCAGAUCUUCCCUUUGGAAGAAGAUGGUUUGGAUUCAAUGGUUCGAACCAUUGCGAUAUGAUGCCAAUUCUUUGAUUUAUCAUGCAUUGCAUUGCUACCCAACCCACGUUUUGGGUGGCACUUGUAUUAUAGAACUUUGUAUUUUUUUUUUUUUAAUCUGUUUCAGUAGAGGAAGCCUUGUUUUCAAGUUAUUUUUUGUUUGAUUUUCUUUUCUUUAUCUCUUGUGCAUUUACUGCUGGGGGAGGAAGGGGAAUGGGCAGCCUCAAUAAUUCUUGCUGUCCCUUUUUUUUUGUAGAAUGCUGGUUGAUUAAAAGAUGAAAUAAGUAGCUUAUUUUUUAAGUGCUAUAGUUUGCUU